CAGGGUGGAUUUUCCCCACUUCCCUCCCCCCAAAGAACCCACCCCAGUGAGGUCAUUUCAAUGGGAGUGAAGGAGGCGAUCAGACAAGGUCGACUUUUCUGGAGGAGACACAGCCUGCGAGUGGAGCGUGGUGCUGAAUUUAAUCUGCGUCCCCCAGCCUCUGGGAGAGCGGGGGAGAGGCGCUGGAGUACAGCUCCAGCCCGGGGACAGCCGAGGGAGCCUGGGCCGGGCCCGUCAGAAGCCCCGCUCCAUCCCUGGGCGAGCCGAGCGCUCCGGUAGAGGCGGCUGGAGACGCCGGAGCGUGACCCCGGGGUGGGAUCGGAAGAGGCGGCGGUACCUUGGAGAGCUCCGAGCCUGCCGCCUCGCCAGGCGCGCCGGAGGAUUGGCCCAGCUGGCCGCAGCUGCGGCGGGCGGCGACUUGCCGGGCUCCAGGCAUCUGCCAACGGGAGGAUCCCUGUGUGCGAGGCUGCCUGGUGGGGAGGUGCGGUGGGAGGGAGGGGUUCCUCCUGUCCGGUGGCGGAGGAGAGCCGCCUUUGCCUUGGGGAUGCCCGGCCCCCCAGCUGCGGAUCUGACGCUGUGCCGCUAAGGAGGGGGAAGAAAAGUUUGGGGGAGCCCGAGGGAGGGAGGCGCCGGAGAGAAGGCGGAUGGUUUGUUUUCCGGGCUGAGCUGGAAGGAACGAUGACCCAGCGAGGAUGUGCACCAGCAGCCACACCAUUGGGAGCCUCUUGGUGCUCUCCGUGCUGGAGAUAGGACUGGGGGUCUCCAGCGUGGCCGUGGGGGCGGUCAGUUUCAGCCUGGUCCUUGCGGAGCAUAAGCCUCAGCUGGGAGACUCUUCUCCGGUAUGGAGCGGGGUGUGUUUUCUGCUUUGUGGUAUAUGUGGAAUACUGUGUGCCAAAAAAAAAUCUGGACUUGUCAUGAUCCUUUUUUCAGCCUGUUGCAUCUGCGGACUAAUUGGAGGAAUAUUAAAUUUUCAGUUCCUUCGUGCUCUGACAAAGAAGUCCUCCACGCUCUAUUCUUUGCAUCUUACUUCCAUGUCUCUUGCAUGCAUCGGAAUUGGAGGUUGCACACUUUCUUCCUGGCUCACUUGCCGGCUAGCCAGCUAUGAACAAAGGAGAAUGUUCUCUGAAAGGGAGCAUUCUCUGCAUCAUUCCCAUGAAAUGGCAGAGAAAGAAAUGACAGACAAUAUGAGCAAUGGAGGACCACAGCUGAUUUAUAAUGGAAGAGUGUAUGAAAAGAUUUAAAAGUUAAAGGGAAAAAUAUUUUUAUGAUUUUCUUCAGGACAAUCAAAUAGACACCAGGAGACUGAUAUGAAAUGGAAACAGUCUUGACUUUUAUUGCUAGAAUUUCAGAACUGCAGAACAGCACAGUUGCAUUUACCUUUAGAAACAUACCUGAAAUUUCUCUCCCAAGGAUUUUGUGGAUAUACAGUAUUUAUUCACUCCACCUCUAUUCCUUUUUUUCUUUUUGUCUGAAUAACGUUCCAGAAUUAUUAUAGCACUCGAGAUAGACUUUUCAGACUCUUCUUCUCAUGAAGACUUUUUUAAAAAAAACCCAUUUAAAUGGAGAGGGUUUAACCAGAAGAUUGUACAGUGGAGAGAGUGCAAAUUAGACUUGUAAAAAGCUUGCAUUACACAUGCAGAGUCCAAAUGAGUGAAAGAUGAGAGUGCUGAAAACAACACUGAUGUCUUUGUUUUGAAAGACAGAAUGCUUUAAGAAUUCCUUAAAUCAAAACCUCAACAAUGCCUUGUUGUAAAGAAAUUGUAAAUAUUUCCAAUUUGUGAAUGAAGUAUAUUUCGUAAUUUGUUCAUAAUAGAUGACAAAUAAAAUGAAAUCUA